AACAUGACUAAAAUAGCAAUACAAGUUCGCGUAGUAUCGAAACGUUAGUAGUCGAGCAAUUAGUAAGUGAAUUUCAAGGAUUUAAGGGCUGAUGUUAACCACCACAGCAUGGAGUCUGACAGGUUUCUUCUACUUCAUCAACUCUGAGACAGACAGCAACAAGGUCAAAGGUUGUUAUUGACCUCUAUCCCAGCAUGAGAUUGGAAUUAAAGGUCACUCACACUCCCAACUCAAAGUCCAAGAGACCAUGGGAGAGAUGGACAUGGUUGGGGUCAAAGACUGGUUCUUUGCUGCUCCUCGCACAGAACAGGAUCAAGGUACUCAAUCUUCAGGAGAGAGGGAGCAGCGUAAAGAAGAAAGUGACAAAGCUGAGUAGUCUUCAGAACAGUGCCAUUAUAACCAGUACAACUAGAGAUGGCCAAUAUCUGUUAGGGUACCUGGAGUCCGGGGACAUCUUCAUUUGGAACAAAGAUCAAGAUACGCUAAGAACGGUAAAGGGACAUCCCAGCAUCAGUUUAUCAUCACCUGAAGAAACAGGACACAAAAGCGAAAGCUUCAAGUUAUAUGCAUCAAACGACUUAAACAACAUCCUCCUUGUCAAAGGGCACAAAUCCAUCUACCUGUGGGAAAUCAACCAACCAGAAUCAGUGUUAAGAUUAAGGGAGGCGGAGCUUAAAGGUACAUGGUAUCUGAUUGGUGGAGACAAAGCACCUCUCCCAGGGGUUGACUCGGCUGAAGCUGUUAGUGAUGCUGUGUUUAUGGUGGAUCCAGUAUUGGGGAGAAGCUGUGUGUGGUCAGCAGUGUUCUACCAGGGGGAUGAUAUCCAAAUCUCUACAGUACUUGUCAGGUGGUUUGAACCUUGGCACCAUGAAGGCAUGCACAGGUAUCCUUCAUUCUCUGUACGCUGGCUCUCAAGCAAACAUUCCAUCCGUAGUCUGUCGCCAUCUAGCUGGCCAGUCAACCACCACGGUGCCCUGGUGGCCUCCUACAACAACUCUGGUCGUGUCCUUGCCGUGGCCCUCAACCAGCGGUCGCCCCACGAGGCCAAGAUGGCCUUCAUUUCACCCCUGACUGCUGCAGCUACCGUUGUUGAUUUGAAGUCCUGUGGCUGUAAAGCCAAGCGUCCCCAUGCUGAUCAUGUGAAAACGUACUGGCUAUCAGACAUGAACUGGACACACAAUGACUUGUUUCUUGUCUGUAUCACCAAGCGCGGUGCUGUGGCCGUCUUGCCUCGUCUCAGUGAACCCAUACUCCUGCAGUGUGAGGGUUGUUCAGUGGAGCAUUCUCCAGCCUACUUCUUGCCACUUCUCAAUCUCAUCACAGUCCUAAAGCCAAGUUCUCUAAGUGGUGACCGUCCGCCAUCCCCUACCAGCUCCCUUACAUCGGAAGCGGAUGAAGGACGGCAACGCUUCUCUGUCUCGUGCCAUUCAUCCAGUCCCUUGAUCCUCUGCUCUGAUGGGUAUCUAGGACUAGUCUUGGAGUUUCCUGCUGACCUGACCUGCUCUAGCAUCCUUGGUGAUUACCUGAGUGAGGGUGCUACAGCACUGCACCUCAUCUACUCCGCACGCGACCUUGGGCCCGUUGGCCUUGGAUCGUUACGACGUGAACCUACAAGCCCCAACCUACAGUCGGCACAGCAUCGGACGUUCUCAAACAUGAUCGACAUGCUUGCGACUGCUGAUAGUUUUGGGUUGGAGAGUACACAGAGCAGCGAUCUUGGACACCGUGGACAAUUUGGCAAUAUGACCUCUGGGAGGUUAUUGUUUGAUGAUUCUGCCAUGAUGUCAUCGACCCAGUCCCUAGGUUUCCUACCCAUGGGGAAUCAUAGCAUAGAGUCAUUGAUUCAGUGGACCCAGAUGGCUGCUCUCAGUGCUUGGGGGGUUGGAGUCAGCCAUGCGGGACCUUGGAACGCCCGCCUUGAAUAUCUCAUGCAAUACACCAUCAAGGUUUUCAUGGCUUUGUUCUGGAUACUUCUUCGCAAGGAUGAAGACAUCAAGCUCCCAGCGCAGACACGAAAGAGCAUCAGUGGGGCUGGGGAUGGUGCAAUAGAUCAGAAACUCAAUAAGGUGCUAUCUCUUUACAAAGCCAUUCUGGUGUCUUCUCUAUGGGACUCCUUUGGGAGCCACUCUAUGUACUCGUAUCUUCGCUUGACCCGCUCCUUGGUCAAGCGACUCCUCAAGGGACAGGUGUGCGAUCAAACUAGUAUGACAAGGUGCUGCAUUGCGGUGCUUCACACUUCUGAACAAGUUCUGACUCAAGUCUACACCAGGAGACCGAUAUCAGAACCUUCUUGUGAUCUUUCUCUUCUGAGCUUCCAUCCAUCUGAUACUGUUGAACAUGCCCUAGCUGGCCAAAGAAUGCACAGUCUUGCCAUCAUGCCUUCAAGAUCGUCCACCAGAAAACGUAGACAGGUUACUCAGUCUGAACGAGCGGGAUCAAGAACAGAGGGGCCAACCAAAAGCAGAAGCAAGAAAAGAGAAACGAGAAGUGAAACGUCCUCUGUACCUGCUCCAGAGAAGGUCCUUGCACCAUCCCAGGGUGGGAGAGCGCCCUUACCACUAGGUGGCGCUGUCAGCGUCAGGUAAGUAAUUUUCCAGUGUUGAUUCAUUUUCUCAGCUGUUCUCACACUGUUCUGCAUGUUGACAUAACAACCCAUGGAUAUGCAGAGCUUCCACCUAGUAUUGAUUUUUAGUAUUUAUUAUUGAAAAGUGGGAAAAAUAUUGAUGAUUUCUUGUAAAAUGCUGAUUUUCUUAUCGAAUAUCAAUUUUCUCACCAAAAUACUGAUUUUCAGCUUUAAGAUACUGAAAUGUUCUUGGUCAGGUUGCCAGCUCUUUAGUAUUUUCCAACUUAUGUACUGUAUCCAUUUAUCAAUCUCCUUUAUGUACAUUCCUAUAUAAUUUCCAUACCUUCUUAUUCCAAAAGAUCAAGUUAUAAUCCAAAUGCUGUUGAUAUGAUUAUCAGUAAAAUCAUGACCUCAAGUUAAACCAUUUCCUGUCUCCAAAUAUCGCUUGGCGUACUGUAUUCACACAUGGUUUCAAUUAUAGAUCUAGAUCUUUUCCUUUACAAGGGUAUGCAUCAACCAGUGUGUUUAUAAUGCAAAUUCAUUUUAAUAGGAUCUACCUGAAUAAUUAGUUCACGUUGGCGGAACCUUUCCUUAUCCUGUCUAUUUUCCCUCUCCUAUUUUCCGGUCAUUUCCUGGAGACUUUUUGUCAAGGCCAUUUUCUUAUCUCUUUCUCCUUUUCCAAUGUUAGCCGUUCUGCUAGCUGAGCCAAAAUGACAGUGGAGAGUUUUAGGAUAUAUCACUUUUAUUUGAUAUGAAAACAAAGGGUAGUACAAAGAAAGUUUGUCCAGGGGAUCGUGUCAAGAAAGGACUUGUAGGACGUUUCAUCUGACAAGUCCUGUUUUAAUGCGGCCGUUUCCAUAGUAUCAAUGCCUCUCGACCAUUCAAAUUCAAGGAAAGUUGUCAGAUCUGACAAGUGAUUGGACAGAAAUAGUGAUAAACUUUCCUCAGGUUACUUGUUUUUUUUAGGAAAAAGUACAGGACUUAUGUUAUAAAUAAUGAUUACAGAUUAACAAUUUUCUGAUAUUAAAAAAAAGAGAAAAGAUAAAAGGAAUUGGCUUAGGGGUGGUGAGAGCACAGGCUAGGCAUAUAGGAGGCAGUGUUGAUUGGUGCCAUGACCACCGCCUUACAAACUGAGCCUGACAUCGUCGCUAUGUAUAUAUGCAAUUUGGCGAUAGCAGAAAAGAAAAUAUAAAUAGUAUCGUGAGCACUUCUUUACAAAUCUUUACAAUCUUCAAAAUAAUACAUGCACUGAAAAUGUGACUGAUUUUACAGUAACCAAUUAAUUGGCACUACCCUACAUGUAUGAAAUAUUUCACCAAUGAACUGCUGGAGAAUGGAUGGAGGGAUUGGUAAGUGGAAUGACUUUGCUAAAAUAAGAGUACAUCAACGAUAAAAUGAUAUGUUGCCUUUACCAAGCAUCAUGUCUUUUACAUAGAUGUAUCAAGUAGAUAGAUACAAUACAACAGAAAUAUUAUUCUGCAGCUUAUCUUGUUUUAUACCAUAAUUGAUUGUUUUCUCCUUUUUGAGGUAAAUAUAUACAUG